AUGGUCAACGUUAUCUUAUCCAAGAAAAGAAAGUUAGUAGCUGAUGGUGUUUUCUACGCCGAAUUAAACGAAUUCUUCACCAGAGAAUUAGCCGAACAAGGGUAUGCCGGUGUUGAAGUCAGAAAGACUCCAUCCAAGUUGGAAAUCAUCAUCAAGGCCUCUAACACCCAAGGUGUCUUAGGUGAACAAGGUAGAAGAAUCCACGAAUUACACUCUUUGAUCUGUAAGAGAUUCAAGAUCAAGUCUGAAGGUAUUGUCAUCUAUGCUGAAAGAGUUGAAGAAAGAGGUUUAUCUGCUGCUGUCCAAGCUGAAGGUUUAAAGUCCAAGUUAUUGAACGGUUUACCAUUAAGAAGAGCCGCUUACGGUGUCUUAAGAUUCGCUAUGGGUGCUGGUGCCAAGGGUGUUGAAGUUGUCAUCUCUGGUAAGUUAAGAGCUGCUCGUGCUAAGUCCCAAAAGUACGCUGACGGUUUCAUGAUCCACUCUGGUCAACCAACCAAGGAUUUCAUUGACAUUGCUGUUAGACACGUCUUGAUGAGACAAGGUGUUUUAGGUAUUAAGGUCAAGAUUAUGAGAGACCCAGCCCAAAACAAGAACGGUCCAACCGCCUUACCAGAUGCUGUUUUCAUUUCUGAAGCUAAGGACGAAGAUGAAGUUGUCCCAGCUCCAACUGUUAAGUCUUACAAGCAAGCUCCAGAAGCCGAAGCCGCUGAAGCUACCGCUUAA